AUGAAAACCAACAGUUACAGUGUAACCCAAGGCGCCUUCCCGUGUGCCUUGCUCCACGCUCUUGAGUCACGAGUACACCUUAACCCCCAAACCCCAUCAGUCCACGCUCUUGAGUCACGAGUACACCUUAACCCACAAACCCCAUCAGUCCACGCUCUUGAGUCACGAGUACACCUUAACCCCCAAACCCCAUCAGUCCACGCUCUUGAGUCACGAGUACACCUUAACCCCAUAACCCCAUCAGUCCACGCUCUUGAGUCACGAGUACACCUUAACCCACAAACCCCAUCAGUCCACGCUCUUGAGUCACGAGUACACCUUAACCCCCAAACCCCAUCAGUCCACGCUCUUGAGUCACGAGUACACCUUAACCCACAAACCCCAUCCGUCCACCAUCUUGAGUCACGAGUACACCUAAACCCACAAACCCCAUCCGUCCACCAUCUUGAGUCACGAGUACACCUUAACCCACAAACCCCAUCAGUCCACGCUCUUGAGUCACGAGUACACCUUAACCCCCAAACCCCAUCAGUCCACGCUCUUGAGUCACGAGUACACCUUAACCCACAAACCCCAUCCGUCCACCAUCUUGAGUCACGAGUACACCUAAACCCACAAACCCCAUCCGUCCACCAUCUUGAGUCACGAGUACACCUUAACCCACAAACCCCAUCAGUCCACGCUCUUGAGUCACGAGUACACCUUAACCCCCAAACCCCAUCAGUCCACGCUCUUGAGUCACGAGUACACCUUAACCCACAAACCCCAUCAGUCCACGCUCUUGAGUCACGAGUACACCUUAACCCACAAACCCCAUCAGUCCACGCUCUUGAGUCACGAGUACACUUUAACCCCCAAACCCCAUCAGUCCACGCUCUUGAGUCACGAGUACACCUUAACCCACAAAUCCCAUCCGUCCACCCUCUUGAGUCACGAGUACACCUUAACCCCCAAACCCCAUCCAUCCACCCUCUUGAGUCACGGGUACAGCUUAAACCCCAAACCCAUCCAUCCACCCUCUUGAGUCACGAGUACACCUUAACCCCCAAACCCAUCCAUCCACCCUCUUGA